AUGACUGUCGACAAGAUUGUCACCGAUCCCGGGCUCGUCGCUACCCUCCAGAUUUCCGACACGGCCCGCGACCAAGCCCAUGAGCUGCUUCGACUAGUCGACGGCUCUCACGAUGCGGCAUCACGAGAUCCCAUCGACAUCGCCAAACGCCAGAAGCUGCUGCUAACCAGCAUCUCCCAGCUCCGUGGGUUGCAUAGAGCUGCAUGCUUGGCCGCACGCGAUACCAAAGCACAGACGGCCGAGCGUCGUCAGGAGGUAGACAAACUUCACCUGCAGCUGCAAAAUCUCUACUAUGAGCAGAAACAUCUCCAGGGCGAGAUUAGCGCUUGCGAAUCUUACGACCACAAGUACCAGCAACUUCCAUUGAUUCCUGUCGAGGAAUUCCUGGCUCAGAACCCCGAUCGAGCCAAUGACGACGAAAACGAGCUCAUGUAUGCUCGAAUUGAGCACGAACGGGCUGAACGCGAGGACCUCGAACAAAAGCGCCAAGAGCUGUUGAAGCGGAAGCAAAAACUCAUUGCCGAAAACAAGCGGCGCAAGGACGAUCUAGCCAACCUCGACCAAGAUCUCGAAAAGUUUAUUGAUGCUGCUAAACCCAUCUUGGAGUUGUUUGAGAAGGCGCCUUAA